AUGCACCCUGCCACGUCCAUGCACCCGCAGCUGAAGGAUUCACACCCCGCCGUGUCCAUGCACCCACGGGUGAUGUGUGCACACCCCGCUGUGUCCAUGCACCCACAGGCGAUGCAGGCACACCCCACCAUGUCCAUGCACCCAUGGCUGAAGGAUUCACACCUCGCCGUGUCCAUGCACCCACGGCUGAUGUGUGCACACCCUGCUGUGUCCAUGCACCCACGGGCAAUGCAGGCACACCCCACCAUGUCCAUGCACCCACGGUUGAACCAUUCACACCCCACUGUGUCCACGCACCCAUGGGUGAUGGAUGCAUGCCCCAUCGUGUCCACGCACCCACAGUCGAUGCAGGCACACCCUGCCGUGUCCAUGUACCCAUGGCUGAAGGAUGCACACCCUGCUGUGUCCAUGCACCCACGGCUGAAGCAUUCACACCCCACCGUGUCCAUGCACCCACGGGUGAUGCAGGCACACCCUGCCAUGUCCACGCACCCACAGCUGAUGUGUGCACCCCCCACCAUGUCCAUGCACCCAUGGCUGAAGGACGCACGCCCCGCCGUGCCCAUGCACCCACGGGCGGCGGACGCACGCCCCCUCCCCGGGACACCUGUGGCGGUGCCCGCAGGCCCGGUGCCUGCCCCAGGGGCGGUGCGGGCGGCGCAGGGACCCGCGGCCCGCGCUCACCUGGCUCGCGACCGCCAGCAAGACGGCCGCUCAUUGGCCAGCCUCCCGGCACGCCCUCGCCGCCCGCCAUCUUUGUGGGCGGUGCAGCGGGAGCGGAAUGACUUCCCCGAGGACCCCGAGUUCGCCGAGGUGGUGCGGCGGGCCGAGCUGGCCAGCGAGCGCGGCAUCUUCCCCGAGCGCAUCUCGCAGGGCUCCAGCGGCAGCUACUUCGUCAAGGACCCGCAGGGGAAAAUCAUCGGUGUCUUCAAGCCCAAGAAUGAGGAGCCUUACGGGCAGCUGAACCCCAAGUGGACCAAGUGGCUGCAGAAGCUGUGCUGCCCGUGCUGCUUUGGGAGAGACUGCCUUGUCCUCAACCAGGGCUACCUGUCGGAGGCGGGUGCCAGCCUGGUGGACCAGAAACUGGAACUCAACAUCGUUCCUCGCACGAAGGUGGUGUAUUUGGCCAGUGAGACCUUUAACUACAGUGCCAUCGACAGGGUAAAGUCCAGGGGAAAAAGGCUGGCUCUGGAGAAGGUGCCGAAAGUUGGCCAGCGCUUCAACCGCAUCGGGCUGCCGCCCAAGGUGGGCUCCUUCCAGCUCUUUGUGGAAGGCUACAAGGAUGCUGACUACUGGCUGCGACGGUUUGAAGCCGAGCCGCUCCCGGAGAACACCAACCGGCAGCUGCUGCUGCAGUUCGAGCGGCUGGUGGUGCUGGACUACAUCAUCAGGAACACAGAUCGGGGCAAUGACAACUGGCUCAUUAAGUACGACUGUCCCCUGGACAGCGCGGGCGUGAGGGACAGUGACUGGGUAGUGGUGAAGGAGCCCAUCAUCAAGCUGGCUGCUAUAGACAACGGUUUGGCCUUUCCCUUGAAACACCCGGACUCCUGGAGAGCAUAUCCAUUCUACUGGGCAUGGCUGCCCCAAGCCAAAAUCCCCUUUUCACAGGAGAUCAAGGACCUGAUUCUUCCCAAGAUCUCGGACCCCAACUUUGUCAAAGACCUGGAGGAAGACCUGUAUGAGCUGUUCAAGAAGGACCCUGGCUUUGACAGGGGACAGUUUCACAAGCAGAUUGCUGUCAUGAGAGGCCAGAUCCUGAACCUGACCCAGGCGCUGAAGGACGGGAAGAGCCCCCUCCACCUGGUUCAGAUGCCGCCUGUGAUUGUGGAAACGGCGCGUUCCCACCAGCGCAGCACCAGCGAGUCCUACACGCAGAGCUUCCAGAGCAGGAAGCCCUUCUUCUCAUGGUGGUAGCUGUGGGAGCUGCGGGCAGGGCUUGGCCGCCUUGGACUAGUGCUGCGAGAGGAGCUGGGCCACCACUGGCUCCUGGGGCUGGGACUCGACCCGCUGGGGAGAGCGAGCAGGUGCAGCUGGAGGAACCUGCAGCUGAACUGGAGGAGCCAGGCAGGUCGGGCACUGUCUGUCCCCAGCUCUGCUGGAGCUCGGUGCCCUGCCUCGGGGGGGAGAGCCCAGGGGGGUGGUGUGGGAAUCCACCGGGAGCCCGUGGCGUGGCUGGGACCCUGCCCCUGCUUCCCUCCUUCCCUCCCUCGGCCUGCAUGCGGUUCUGAGCACCCCCCUGGGGCUGGGGUGAGCAGGCUGCCCGGGUCAGGAUCCACACAGCCCUUUACAACCCCUCGCUGGGGCUUUUCUUCCGCACCGUGCUGGCUGCUGGGCCGGGAAGGCCUGUAAUGGGUUCUCCUCCCUCCCUUUCCCCGAGGGUGUGCUGUGCUCCUCCUCCACUGCCCCUCCUCUGCCCCAACCCCGUGCACGCUGCUUUCCUCAGGGGGAGUUCCUGCUGGUGCAGCAGGGACCGCAACGAACGGCUGUUCUCUGGCUGGGGGCUGGAGGAGGGGACGGGAGGGACAACUCCCAGGGCUGGCUGUGGUGCGUUUAGACACUAAGGGGGAGAGGUGCUGGCUUGUCCUUGCGAAGAGCGGGUGGCUCUGGGAGGAGCUGCAGAGUGGUGCCUCCUUCUGUGGGAGCCCCCAACAGCUGGAAAGGGCUGAGGGUGGGUGCAAGUGGCCUGUCCCUCUUCUUCUGUCCCAGCCCACCCCUCCUGCCAGGUCUCUGUGGCUGCUCUUGCUUGGCUUUUGCCCCUGCUCCCAGCAAGCUCCCUGGCUGCUGUGCAGCCAGCGUGGUGCCAGGUCUGUGCCUAGGGUCCCCCUUGAGGGGCAGGGGGCUGCUGGGAAGGGUGAAGGGCUGGAGGGGGCUCUUCUGCUGCGUGGGUGGGAGGUGUGAUGGGAGCACGGAGCGUGGGCUCCCGGUGGCUCUGGUGCUGACAAUCUCCCAGGCCUGCCAUGGGUGGGUGAGGUGGUGUGCCCCCCUCUCCCCAGGGGCUGCCCAGCUUGUGUUGUAUCAAACGGUACCAGGGCUGCUGCCUGCUCUGCUUGGCCUUGAGCUGCACCUUCUCCUGCUGCCGGGGGAAGCCGGUGGUGGGUCUCGCUGUCCUGUCAGCCCAUCUCUGGGGGUCGGGGGGGGGAAUGAAGGUGGGUUGGGGCUCUGCUGCUUGAGCCUGGGAGAGGGGAGAGCAGCUCCCUCGUCUCCUGGGUAGGGAGGGGGGCUCAGCACUGGCUGUGCAAGCACAGGGUGGGCAGCAGGGAGAUCCCCAGCCAGGCCCAGCUGCAUCUCCAACUGACCCAAAAUGUAUUGUUCUAAUGCACUGUAGAAAUGUAUGUAAUGUAUUUAAA